AGCAAGCAUUUGAACAACAAUAAAACAUUCGCAGGAAUAAAUUCUCAAUGAGGAGUUUUCACACAAAUAUUUGGAAAUGACUUCUUUAAGUGACGUUGAUGUUGUACGAGUUAAAGUAUCUUUGGAAAAAAAUCAUAACGACAUUCGUCGAUUUGUCAUCGACCCCAAUAUUACGACAUUCGCUGAUUUGUAUAAAUGGAUACAAAGGGCAUUUUAUAUAAAGAGGAGUUUGGAAAUUUCACAUAGACUUUCUUGUGAAAAUACUACUCUAAAUUUUGCUAUUUCAUCUGACAAGGAUCUUCAAGAUGCAGUGAGGGCAGCUGCGGAUUCUCCAUACUUGGAGCUGCGAGUUCUUGUGACUGGUGAAACUGAUGAACCGAAUGACAGUGAAGAUUGGAUAGUACUAGAUGGGUAUAACAUUCCUAUGAUUAAGGAUAUCAGAUCAUUUGGUAACAGACUAACCUUACCAAUUGCCUCAGCUUUUCGAAAACGAGUGGAAAACACUUUCUACCAAAUAACCAGUGCAUUUAUAGACAUGAGCCGCAAGACUCCCUUAGGUGAAUCUGAUUGGCUGGCACACAUGGAUGACGAAGGCCACUUAAAAAACGUACAUGAAUUAUGGGUAAUUGUCUUUAACUGGGGUGUCGAACCCUCCUUGAGGCGAUGUGUUUGGAAACAUCUUUUAAACGUUUUUCCUCCGGAUUUAACUGAAAUUGAAAGAGAGAAGUAUUUGGCUAUGAAAUGUAAAGUUUAUUGGCAGAUACAAGCUUCAUGGCGAAGAGAAGAUCAGUUAUCAAAGACUGAAUCACUACGAGACAUGGUAUGGAAAGAUGUCAGGCGGACAGAUCGAACUUAUCCCUAUUUCGACGUCCCAGAUGAUCAUCAUCAUCUGACGUCAUUAUUUAACAUCCUGGUAACCUAUGCUGUCUUGAACCCGGAUGUAUCAUACGCGCAAGGCAUGAGCGACCUUGCCGCUCCACUUUUGGUUGUCAUGGACGACGAGGCUAUCACGUUUACAUGUUUUACUGCCCUCAUGUCUCGCUGUAGGAAACAUUUCCUUCCAGAUGGAAAAGCCAUGUCUUUGAAGUUUGAUCACCUAACUUUGCUUGUACAAAAAUUCGACCCGGAAUUAUACAAAUAUCUUAUGAAAGUCGAAGCAGAUGAUAUGUUCUUUUGUUAUCGAUGGUUAGUCUUAGAUUUAAAGCGAGAGUUCCAAUUCGAUGAUUCUCUGCAAAUCAUGGAGGUAAUUUGGAGUUCACUGCUUCCACCUCCCCCCAAAGACACCCCGCAGUCUCCAAGCAGUGCUACCUUCAAUACAGCCAAUAAACUUCAGUGCAGUCUUAACUCCAGUGCAGUAUUGCGGUCAGAAGGAUACAGUUCCUUACCAUACUCCUAUCAGUCGCUUGUAAGCGCAAAUAAUGAUCAGGAUUUUGCUGACGAAGAUGAAUAUGCAGCCUUAAAUCUUGAUGAUUUUGGUGGGAAACUAGCACUAGUCUCCCUACCCGAUCCAUAUCAUUUAGGAGAUGGAAAUCCUUUCUCGUUGUUUUUAUGUCUUGCUAUUCUCAUUCUUCAUCGGGAACGAGUUUUCAACGAGCAGGACUACAACUCUUUGGCGUCUUCUUUUGACAAAAAAGUUCGCAAACAUGACGCGGAAAAAGUUCUAACCCAAGCCAGACAAUUGUUUUCGCAGUAUCUGAGACAUUGUGAACUUGUAGAUAACAAUGAGUUCGUUUCAUUGCAAAAACCAAAAGAAAACGAAAAAAAGAAGGAGUCCUGGUUUGAUGAUAAUUCAUGUGAAAUUGUUUCAAAUGCUAGUCCUGAAAUCCAGUGUUAACACGGCGUAUCUUGAAACAAGGUCGAGUUAGAGACGGAAUUAGUUAGGAUGUAAUAUAUAGAGAAAUUAUUUUGCCAGACGGAACAUCAACUGUUUGUAUUCUUAUAAAAUAAAUGUGUAAAAUAAAUGUGUU